AUGGAUUUUAUACGCCUUCAAUUCCAGCGUGCAUUCAAACGUCUCGUCGUUCGAAACGGAUAUCUUUCGCGAUUACUACCGCGUGACGAAGGAAAAUUUGUGGGACUGCAAAACGAGUCGAUUCUUUCGUCUAUUCUUUUUGUGGAUAAUAGCAUUCAAGCAAUUAGACAUAAACAUGCUAAUGACUAUCAUGAAUUCUUGUCGAAAGAAAUCACGUCAUUCAAAAACAUAUUGUCUAAAUUUUCGAGUUUACCGGAUUUUAAUUCUAUUUCGAGAGAAUUCAGAGUGGAAAUUUCUUACGCUGAUCAAUCAAGAAUCGAAAAGGCUGCCAAGGCAAAACGUAAAUUUAAUCAGUCGCGCUCGCAUGAUAGUUAUUUGAAUUCCCAAGUCCCUAAUUUUCAAUCAUUAGUAUCGCACAUAGAAGAGGAUGGGUAUGGUUACGUGACAUCUGUGUCAAGGCAUUAUGAUUUACAUAGAUCAGAAAGUAAGAGUUACUACAACAAAAGAAGCAGUUUUUCCGGGAGAUAUGAUAAUAAUUCUUUAUAUGUCGAGGAUGAUUCUGAUAUGGAGAUGGAUUCAGAUUAUGAGUCCUCUUAUAGGCGUAGUG